AUGAGAGUCAGUAUUUUAAAAUGCGUUCUUUUUUCAAUUGUUAUUUGUUCUUUUGAAUAUGCCCAAAAUGAACUAUACUUUGUAAACGAUAGAGGGAUAUGGCUUGAAAGGAAUGUAAUAAACUUUAGAAAUAAUAGGAUAUUAGCAUAUGCAGAUAACGAAUUUGAUUUAUAUGAUUUUUAUCAAUCAACUUUGAGUCUUGCAAGUCAACUUGGUGAUUGUGUUGAAGGUAACAAAGAAAUAGCACACCUUCGAAAUAUUAUAGAUUCACAUAUAAAGAAACAUAUAGAAAAUAAUACAUUACCCAAUUUAAAUAAUUUAGAUAAGAAAACUAAAAAUCUGACUAAUGAACUUCGAAAAGAAUUAAAAAAACAGAUUGCUGAUAAAAUGAAUGGUGAAUUAGCAAUACAGCCGAUAGAUGAUCAAAUAAUAAUAAAAAAAGAUGAAAAUUGUUCUGUAUCAGAACAUGAAGGCUUUAAACAAUUGAAAAAUAAUGAAAAUAAUAAAAUUACAUCAAGUAAUAAUUAUAAGGAACCCAAAGCAAAUCAAAAGUUUAAAAAAAUUCUAAAAAAACUAUUUAAGAUGAUGAUGACGAAUUUAGUUUUUUUGGCGAUAAUACUAUCAUCAGGGCUCUUAAUUCCACUUAUGCUUUUAAUUCCACGAGGCUCAUUUGACGGAAUUGAGAAAUGGUAA